AUGGCUUUGCCCUCCGAGCAACUUCCUGAGGAGCCACCCACGAGCAAAGCGGUGCGACCAGGCCUGCAGUGUGAAGUUCAUCCAGUGGAGCUACAUACUCAUCACCUGUUGGAAAAACACCACGCCGAGGUCUUGGAGAAGUUGCAAUCGCAUGAGGAGAUCUUGCUGAAAGUUCUGGGCUGUGCCCAUUCCCAUGGGGCAUUAGCUGCUGAGAAGGUUGUACAGGAGCGUGCACCUCAAGUGGGCGAACGGGAGCGCCGCAGCAGCGAGCGUCGCAGCAGCGAGCGGGAACAGCAGCGAGAUGCGAGAGUGGCCUUCGAUGUGGAGCAACCUGUGGCUGCACAUGCACCUAAUGUCAUCAAGCGCUCACGCUCACGCGCCCACGGAAGCUACACUUUCACGCCGAAGCUCUUCAGUACCUUCACUCAGUUUGAUCUUCAGCUCAAAGAGGGUGCUGCCAAUGUUGAUGCAGAUCAAGCGAGCCGAGUUCUCGGGCUGGAUCGGCGCUCGAUGCGUUCCAGCGGCAUCAACGAUUCCUGGCUCAAGCGCUUCGUGUCAUCAGCGAGCUUCGACAUCUUCUUCGCAUCCUUGGUGGUCACCAACGCGAUCUUCAUCGGAGUCGAGGUUCAGGACAACUUGCACAACCCCAACGGGGACUCCUUGGUCCUCAAGGUCAUUCGGAACUUCUACACCGCGCUCUUUACGGUGGAGAUUUUAUUGCGAACAUGGUGGACAUGUUGCUGGUGCUCUGCUCCUUAUGGGAAGCUGCCUUGGAAAUUAUGCCUCUUUGAGGACAAGUCUGCCAUGAGCGAAGACGGUGGCCAGAGAAUGACGGGCUUCUCGGGUCUGCGCACGGUACGCAUUGUGCGCAUCACGCGGCUGGUCCGUGUGGCCAAACUGGGGCGGAUCCUGCGUUUCGUGAUGGCCCUUCGCACGUUGAUCCAAUCGAUCAUCUAUACCUUGAAGUCAUUGAUUUGGGCCCUGGUCCUUUUAGCUUUGAUCAUCUACUUCUUUGCGAUUAUCUUCACACAGGCCGUUGGAGAUAGCAGGCUGGACGCUGAUGCCCAACAGAGCCCUGAGGCAGAUCGCUACUUCAAUUCUCUGCUGGAGGCCAUGCUGAGCCUCUUCAUGUGUAUCUCGGGAGGUGUCAGCUGGGAGAAUGUCAUCUACCCCUUAUGGCGGCUGUCACCAGCGUGGGUUGUCGUUUUUGUGUUCUACGUUUCGUUUACAUACUUUGCUGUCCUAAACGUUGUGACUGGAGUGUUUUGUCAGAGCGCGAUCGAUAGUGCGCAAAGUGACCACGCAAUGGUGAUGCAAUCAAUCCUUGCGAACAAGGAGGCGCACAUUGAGAAGAUCAAAUUUCUGUUCUCUGAGAUUGAUGCGGAAGAACGGGGGCUCAUCACUUACAAGAUGUUUGAAGAGAAGGUGGGGGACCAGGCGGUGAAGGCCUACUUCGAGUCAAUGGACCUGGAUGUUUGGGAUGCUUGGUCCUUCUUCAAACUCUUGGACUUGGAUGCAGGCGGAGCCGUUGAAAUUGAGGAGUUUUUGAUGGGUUGCUUGAGGCUCCGCGGCUCCGCGCGAGCCAUUGACAUCGCCAAACUGAUCCAUGACCAGGCGAUAUGGUAA